AUGGCGCAUGGCGGUGCCGUCGUGCCAGUGAUCGUCUUGUUGACCCUCUGCACGGCCUCGGCCCUCUCCUCCGGUGGUGUCGCUGCCGGGGGGAACGUGGGAGGGAGGACUGAGAUAUGGAACGUGAAGGAGAACAAGGAGGUCCAGGAACUCGGCCGCUACGCCGUGCGGGAGCGCAACCGCCGCGCCGGCGGCGAUGAGCUCGUAUUCCUCUGCGUCGUCCGCGCCCAGAGCCAGGUCGUCUCCGGCUUCAAGUACUUCCUUCGCAUCGCCACCACCGCCUCUGGCGGCCAAGCCGUUCGCCGGCGGAGCCGCUGUUUCGACGCCGUCGUCCUCGUCAAGCCCUGGCUCGGCUCCCGCGAGCUUCUCCACUUCCUCCCGGCGACCUCUUCUCUCUCCCGCCGCCGUUAG